UACUCCAUUUCUCGAAAUAUUCAAAACAACUCUCUUCGUUUUCAUCGAUUUUUUUCUUUUCUUCAGAUCACAGAUCUACUACGCACAAAUGGCCAAGGAUCCAAUCCGCGUUCUCGUCACCGGCGCCGCCGGACAAAUCGGAUAUGCUCUGGUUCCUAUGGUUGCUAGGGGAGUGAUGUUGGGUGCAGACCAGCCUGUGAUCCUUCACAUGUUGGAUAUUCCACCAGCUGCAGAAGCGCUUAACGGAGUUAAAAUGGAAUUGGUUGAUGCAGCUUUUCCCCUUCUUAAAGGUGUUGUUGCAACAACUGAUGUUGUCGAAGCUUGCACGGGUGUCAAUGUUGCCAUUAUGGUCGGUGGAUUCCCGAGGAAAGAAGGUAUGGAGAGGAAAGAUGUCAUGUCCAAGAAUGUCUCUAUCUACAAGUCCCAAGCUUCUGCUCUCGAGAAGCAUGCUGCUGCUAACUGCAAGGUUCUGGUGGUUGCUAAUCCAGCAAACACCAAUGCAUUGAUCCUGAAAGAAUUUGCGCCAUCCAUCCCAGAGAAGAACAUUUCUUGUUUGACUAGGUUGGACCACAACAGGGCUCUUGGACAGGUGUCGGAGAGAUUGCAUGUUCAAGUCUCCGAUGUCAAAAACGUAAUUAUCUGGGGAAAUCACUCCUCGUCACAGUACCCUGAUGUCAACCAUGCUACCGUCAAGACUCCAGCUGGAGAGAAGCCUGUUCGUGAGCUCGUUGCUGAUGAUGAAUGGUUGAAUACAGAAUUCAUAAGUACUGUACAACAACGUGGUGCUGCUAUUAUCAAGGCUAGAAAGUUAUCCAGUGCACUUUCUGCUGCUAGUUCUGCUUGUGACCAUAUUCGUGACUGGGUCCUUGGAACUCCAGAGGGUACUUAUGUUUCGAUGGGUGUAUACUCUGAUGGGUCAUACAAUGUACCAGCUGGACUCAUUUACUCCUUCCCAGUUACUUGCAAAAACGGAGAAUGGUCCAUCGUGCAAGGGCUUCCAAUUGACGAAUUUUCUCGUAAGAAGUUGGAUUUGACAGCCGAAGAGCUCAGUGAGGAGAAAGCUCUGGCAUAUUCUUGCCUCUCGUAAUUUUGAUUUAACCGACGCAAAAACAGUUUGCAAUUUUCGCCUGGCUGCCCUUUAUAGAAAGAAGCUGCAGUUUUUAAUAAUAAAGACAAAUGUUAUUUCUUGUCUAAAUCAUUAAUGGUGGAGAUUAUAUUGACUGUGUAUGAGAAUAUUUAUCCAUUAUUAAGAGACUUUGUUUUCAUGGGCUUAAAUAUGUAUGGUAAAUUAUGAAUGGUGUGGAGAAUUUACAAUUGGGGGAUAGUUCCUCUUUUUCUCUU